AUGGACACUAUCAAUUCCAUUCACGACAGCGAAGCUAGCUGGAUAGGCCUGAGGGAUGACAAGUACAAUUUGGAAUACAAGUGGUUCGAUGGAAGCGAAUUUGACUACAGUAACUGGGAUAGUAAAAAGCCGACACGCUGCAGCCGAAAACACUUUGCUAUUAUAACUGACAAUGGGGAAGGAAAGUGGAUUCCCUACUGUUGUAAAGAUGAUUUGUGUAGGAAUCCUUUCUGCAAGAAGAAGGCAACUGCAAGAAGUAAGCAAACCACUUAAUUCGCUCUCGUUAUCUUAACUAUUUUCUACUCGGCGGAUGUUGAUAUAUCAUUCGAUUAUAAAACAAGAUCUUAUUGUAACUGAUAAGUGAACGAUAUCCUACUGAGCUGUGUGACAAACCAUUCGAGCUGAAAUGGGAGGUGAAAAGCAGAUGCAUGAGGGGCGAUGGACAACCAACGUUUGGAACAUGAAUAAUAAUAAUAGUAAUCUUUAAUGAUAAUGAUGAUGAUGAUGAAGAUGAUGAUGAUGCUUGAGGAGCAAUGGAAAAACAACGUUUGGGUUAAUAAUAAUAAUAAUAAUAAUAAUAAUAACAAUAAUAAUGUUUAAUGAUAAUGAUGUUGAUGAUGAUGAUAUUUUGAAAAGUAAGUAAAUGAACCUUAGGCCACCAUCUUGAAACAAGUGAACCAAAGACCAGUGUGAUGACAAGACAACUUUCUAUAUGAAGAAUUUGUCAAGAAAAUUUCAAACUUCACUGAAUGGUUUCCGAAGUUUUUGCCAAUAAACAAAAGCUGCAGUUCCGUGUAAUCCAUGUGAUUUUUUCUUGGAAAUCACGUAAUUUUAAUUACUUUUUUUUCUUAACUUAUAGGCUGCAACGCAUUAUCUUUUCUCAUAUAAAAUGAAUUUUCCAUGUGUGGAAUAAAGUAAAUUGUAGGGGCGUAUCCAAAACUUUCAGAAAGAGCGGCCCGGAAGAUUUUUCUGCAACAUAAGUCCACUCAUAAAGUGUAAGAUGAUUUCCCGCUAUAAUUAUUAGUUUGUGAUGCCAUACUUAUUUUCAUGUAAGGGAAAGUUAAUUUAUUGGGUGACACAUGUAACUGAAAUAAAACCGCUCACCGUACUAAUCCUCACUUCUUCUGUUAAAAACGAGAAUCGUAAAAUUAUGAAUACUAUAAUAAUAGCGCUCUUCACUCAUAGAAGACAUUUCCUUUUUUUUAAAAGUGAAUUUCCAGAUCAUUGACCUCAGCAAAGACGGCCUACCACGGGUAAAAGUGUUUAUACCCGAUAGCAUGCCUCAAGCUACAGUCCAAUAUGAUGAAGCGGCUAUGGUUAUCCAUGUGAAGGAUCCCUCGCUUGGUUGGGUGGCCCGUAUUGAAGUCGUUCGUGAUACCCCCUAUGCAUCCCAAAUUAUUCAGGUCAAAAACAAUAGAGAAACUCGUCUUGGCCACACGGAACUGGAAUAG